GCUCUGUGUCGCCCGCUCAAGGUCCUCCCACCCCGGCCUCGCCGCGCACGCCGUCCUGGUCGGGCCACUGUCCUCGGAGCCGUUGGCCGGGGUGGGGGUGGCGUCGGUGGCCACUGGAACCUCUGCGGUGGAGGACGGCUCCUCUGCGGCGCCCUUUCCAAGAGUGGGACCUGGGCUUCCAGCCCCCAUCCCGCCCCGAAUCCUGCCCUGCUGACUUCUCCCAAGAGGCGGUGGGUAGCCCAGGGGUGAGGGGAGAGGUACUGGGGCUGCCUGCACCGUGGAAAAGCAGGAGCAGGAGAGCCCUGAGCCCCCAAAUCAAGUCCCCAGGAGGUCGGGACAAGCUGAAAUGGGGCCAACUCUCCAAGAGGAAGUGCCCCAGGGUCAGUGUGAAGGCAGAGGGGACUGGUGGGGAGGCCUAGAGAUUUCCCGGCUGCCAGGACCUCUCCUGAGGGCAAGGAACUGGGAGCAGCUGUCCAGGUGGAGACUGGAAAGAAUUCCAGGCAGAGGGGAGGAGCAGACAGCCUUGGUAAAGGCCCUGAGGUGUGGACCCAGUCGAUGGGGCUCUCAGCAGCCUGGCAGCCCCACAGCCUGGUGAAACCCCAGGGUCGGAUCACAGGGCCUUAGGCACGAGGCCAGGAGUCCAGCCGCACACUGGAACCUUGAGAUCACUGAGAGCUCUAGCUGGGGUCUGCGGGAACCAGUGUAGAUUCUCGUGAACCUUCCACCCCACUGUCCCCCACCCCAGCCCUCCUGCUACCCCUGGGCCUGAAGCACAUGGCUGACAGAUGAGGGCAGGUGGCCCCAAGGGGAAGGGGAAGGUUGGAGUCGCUGCCAGACUGAGUGUACCACUGCCUCCUCCCCUAGCCCCAGGGCCCUCCCAGGCCAGAGAGGAGCCAGACACCUACAAGGCUCAGGUGGCCUUUUGCCCUGAGCAAGUUGGCGUGAGAACCGGCUAUCAGGAUAGCCGGAAGGUGGAUGCAACCCAAGUGUUCAUCGAUGGGUGAUGGAUAAACACAAUGUGGUCCACCCAUACAGAAGAAUAUGAUUCAGCCUUGCAAAGGAAGAAAUUCUGACAACUGCUAUAGCCUGGGGGAACUUAGAGGAUAUCAUGCCUCUUCUUCGAGGGGCCAGGCAAUGAUGCUGACUGUCACCCGCAGAAGACGACCUGGACAGGGACCGCCUCUCUUCACAGCUCCUGGCCCCACCCUGGGAAGCACGCAGAUGUCAGCUGUCAGAGGUCUGCUGCCCACGGGCAGGGAGCCCAGAAGGCCCUGCCUGGCCUCGAUGCUGUGGGGGUCCAGCAAGUACCUGGAGAAUGAGUGGGUGUGUGUACCAGCGAGCUGAUGGGUGAAUGAGUGAUACCCCAGACCUCAGAGCGAGUGAGGAUGUCGAGCCCGGGCAUCAACGGCGACCCCAAGCCUCCAUGCCUGCCUCGAAACGGCCUGGUGAAGCUGCCCGGGCAGCCCAACAGCCUGGGCACAGCCAGCAUCACCAAGGGCACUCCAGCUGCCAAGAACCGCCCCUGCCAGCCGCCACCCCCUCCCACCCUCCCGCCACCCAGCCUGGCUGCCCCGCUGCCCCGGGCUGCUCUGGCCGGGGGCCUGUGCCCCCCGGGGGGGCUCCCCCUUGGUGGACCAGCCUCAGCCCCGGUGCCCGGGCCCCCGGCAGAGCGGCCACCACUAGCCACAGACGAAAAGAUCCUCAAUGGCCUCUUCUGGUACUUCUCGGCCUGCGAGAAGUGCGUGCUGGCCCAGGUGUGCAAGGCCUGGCGGCGCGUGCUCUACCAGCCCAAGUUCUGGGCGGGCCUGACGCCUGUGCUGCACGCCAAGGAGCUCUACAACGUGCUGCCUGGCGGUGAGAAGGAGUUCAUGAACCUGCAGGGCUUUGCUGCGCGAGGCUUUGAGGGCUUCUGCCUGGUCGGCGUCUCCGACCUGGACAUCUGCGAGUUCAUCGACAACUACGCCCUCUCCAAGAAGGGCGUCAAGGCCAUGAGCCUCAAGCGGUCCACCAUCACGGAUGCUGGCCUCGAGGUGAUGCUGGAGCAGAUGCAGGGUGUAGUACGCCUCGAGCUGUCCGGCUGCAACGACUUCACCGAGGCUGGGCUGUGGUCCAGCCUGAGCGCGCGCAUCACCUCGCUGAGCGUCAGCGACUGCAUCAACGUGGCCGACGACGCCAUCGCAGCCAUCUCGCAGCUGCUGCCCAACCUGGCUGAGCUGAGCUUGCAGGCCUACCACGUGACGGACACGGCGCUGGCCUACUUCACGGCGCGUCAGGGCCACAGCACGCACACGCUGCGCCUGCUCUCCUGCUGGGAGAUAACCAACCACGGCGUGGUCAACGUGGUGCACAGCCUGCCCAACCUUACCGCGCUCAGCCUCUCAGGCUGCUCCAAGGUCACCGACGACGGCGUCGAGCUUGUGGCCGAGAACUUGCGCAAGCUGCGCAGCCUCGACCUCUCAUGGUGCCCGCGCAUCACCGACAUGGCGCUGGAGUACGUUGCCUGCGAUCUGCACCGCCUGGAGGAGCUCGUGCUGGACAGGUGUGUUCGCAUCACGGACACUGGCCUGAGCUAUUUGUCCACCAUGUCGUCCCUCCGCAGCCUCUACCUGCGAUGGUGCUGCCAGGUGCAGGACUUCGGGCUGAAGCACCUCCUGGCCAUGAGGAGUUUGCGUCUCUUGUCUCUGGCAGGCUGCCCACUGCUGACCACCACGGGGCUGUCGGGCCUGGUGCAGCUGCAGGAGCUGGAGGAGCUGGAGCUGACCAACUGCCCUGGGGCCACCCCUGAGCUCUUCAAGUACUUCUCGCAGCACCUGCCCCGCUGCCUCGUCAUCGAGUAGCGCGGGGCCUCCCGCCCCCGUUGCAGGAACCCGCCGCGCUCCCGGCGGGGCGCGGGGGCGCGGCUGAGCCCCCUCUCCCAGCCCUGCGCUCAGGAGAGCCCCCGCGCCCUCGGCCCGCGCGGGAGGCGGGGCGAACCGAGGAGAGGCCCCGCCUCAGCCCCCGCCCCUCCGCUCGUGGCCCCGCCCCGGGCAGGGAGGGGCGGCGGGCGGGGCCAGCCCCACCCACGCACGCACGCACGCACACUCGGGGACUUUGUGCAUGCCCCUCGUGCCCGCACUGCACGCCUGCCCUUCACACGCCACGCUCGCUUCCAUCGUCUGCCAGCCCGCUGCGGAGGGCCGGGGCGCGGUCCUGGGGGCGCUUUGAGCUCGCCAGACGGCCGCCCUUACCGCCUUCCCCGCCCCCCUGCCCCCCGCUCUGUUACCCGCUGUCCCCCCAUCCCGGGCAGGGCCCAGGGGGAUUAACUGGGGUUGGGUCCCCCAGGACACAGGGGCCCGGAAGCGCCCCCAGGGCUUCCCGCAUCUUCCACUGCACCGCACUUGGAGCCCUUCGAGGGGCGCGAGGGGUAAACAGGCCACCCCAAAGCCAUGGCCCGCCGCCGCCCAGGAGCCUAAGCCCCACCCACCCUUCCCCUAACACGCCAGCGUGGCCCAAGCGACCUGCCCUCUUCCUUGCCAUUGUGUGAGGCAGUCUCCUGUUCGCCCCGCUCCCACCCGCAGGUCUACAGGUCCUUGGCCCUGGCCAGGCUAGGGGAGAAUUGGGGUGGGAGAGGGGCAGACUGACUGAGUGACAGUGACCUUGGCAUAAUCAACAUUAGCCCAGGCGGUUCCAGUCCACCUCAACCCAGGGGUGGCAAAGCCACCUUGAGAGACCCUAAGCUGGAGCGACCCUCAGGGCCUGCAGGCCUUGAGAGCAGUCCUAGGUGGACCCCACACCACAGCCCCUGUAGCCAGCUGGGCUCAGACUCCUCAGUGCUACACUUCACCCUGGGCAGGUCUCCAUCAGGGGUAAGCUGGAAAAGUGGGCCCCAGCCAAGGCUCAGGGUCAGCGCCAGACAGCAACUGAUCUUCCAGUGGCCAGCACACCCUCAGCACCCAGAGGAGAGAGGGCUCCUUCCUAGCCGCCCCCCAACCCUCCACAGCUUCCCAAACCUCUGCCUGCCCAAAUGGGCGCUGACCGUGUUCUGUCCGAUCCCAAGACAUGUGGAAGCCCUGGGGGAUGCUGGCACAUCUUAGCAAUUGCUGAGGAGGGGGCUGGGACCCCUUUCCAUCCAUCCUUGAGCCCCAGGAGAUACAGCACACACAUUCAAUCUUGGGACACCCCCCCCAUCUGGUUGGAAGAGAGUAACCAGUUUCCAGAGAGCCAGAGAGUGAGAGAGAGAGAGAAAGAGCGAGCGAGCGAGCGAGAGAUGCUGUUGAAGCAAAGAAACAGUUCAACAGCCCAAAGAUUUUCCCGCGCCUGGAGUGCCGGCCAGAGGCUCCGGGGCUGAGGGGUCAGGAGCCAGUUUCUUCAGCCCCUCCUCCCCGCAGCUCCCUAGUGGGGAGGGGGCAGCUGUCCAUUUGUCCAAAGUAUUAAUGCAACUGAAGCUGUGACAUUUCCAACGACUGUAGAAAGAAAAAUUAAGGGGAGAGAGGAAAACAAAACCAACCAACCCCUAAAAUCAUUUUCUUAUUGUACAUAACGACCUCAUUCUCCUGUAUAUGCGGAAGAUAUAACCUUAUAUUUGGUAAGUGUUUCUUGUGCUAUUUUAUCAUGUGAACUGUUUAUAAAAAUAUAUAUUAAAAAAGUUGUAA